AUGACCAUCGACAUCAACGCCAGUGAGUUUAGACUAUCUGGUGAAAAGAAGACCUUCCAAGCGCAAAUCAUCGACGACGGUUACCAACACUCUCUCGUGGUCUAUCAGGACAUCGCGACACAAAGCUUCCGCCUCCAUGCUAUGGUCAGGGACGGUGUACUGCGUCAAUGUCCCGUCUGGACAGCCUUCGUCACCCACCAAUCCGCCUCCCCGACAUGGCUCCAACGCAAAGGCCGUAAACGUGUCUGGCUCAAAGACGUCCAUCUAUACGUUUUCUGCCAGGAGUACCGGCAGCAAAACCAGCGAAAAGGUGAAGCCGGCGCCUUUGAGAUCAACUUUGUUUCGGAGUCCGGCGCGGCGCACUUCCCCGAAGCCUUCUUGUCCGCGGCUUCGGGGCCGUCCACCGGUUCGCACCAGGCCAUCGAGGAUGCCAAGUAG